AUGGCUCCGUGGUAUAAGGAGAACACGACCGUCAAUUGCUUCGGGGCUACACUCAACCUCGGCGAUCUCACCGCGCUGCCAUUGGUCGUCGGAUAUGCGCUCUGCUCAAGUCUCCUCGCAAUCAUCAACAAAUACGCCAUUGAUGUCUUUCCCUUCCCGAGCCUCCUAACGGCUCUCCAAUACCUCACAUGUGUCGUCGCUGUCUUCGGUUUGGGUCAAAUGAAGGCUCUGGAGCACGACCAGAUCCAAUGGAGCAUGGUCAAGAAAUUCCUUCCCGCUGCUUUCGUCUUCUACAUGGCAAUCUUCACCAACACCACGCUUCUUAAAUACGCCAACGUGGACACAUUCAUCGUGUUCCGGUCGUCUACACCGCUUCUCGUCGCCGUCGCCGAUUAUCUCUUCAGGAAGCAGCCAUGGCCGGGGCCAUACACCUUCGGAGCUCUUUUCGUGAUUCUCGCCGGCGCUGUUGGUUACGUGGUUACAGACAGCCAGUUCACCGUUCGCGCGUACACCUGGGCUUUCGCUUACCUCUUCACAAUCACACUCGAAAUGGUGUACAUCAAGCAUAUCGUGAGCAGUCUCGGUCUGAACACCUGGGGUUUCGUCCUGUACAACAAUUUCCUCUCCCUUCUCAUGGCUCCUCUCUUCUGGAUGAUCACUGGCGAGUUUCAAGAUACGAUGAUCGCUACCACCGCUAUGGCCGACUGGAAAUUCGGUGUUGUAUUCCCCGUGCUGCUGUCCUGCGCGUUCGGACUCGCUAUAAGCUUCUUCGGAUUCGCCUGCAGAAAGGCGAUCUCAGCAACUGCUUUCACUGUGCUCGGAGUUACCAACAAGCUUCUGACCGUUGUCAUCAACGUGAUGAUCUGGGACAAGCACGCAUCCUCGUUUGGAGUCCUCUGCCUUCUCGUUACAAUCAUCGGAGGAGUGAUGUACCAGCAAUCGACUGUGAAGCAGAACUUCCGGGCCGCUCCGGCUUCUACGGACGAGGAGGAGGCGAAACCCUUGACUCCCGCGAAUGAAGUGGACGACGGCCAAGACGCUGAGCUAAAGCCCCUGAACGCCAAGUGA